GUCAUAAAGAAGCAGUAUAUCGUCGGGUUCCAUUCACGAAGGUUGUGUCACUAUGUUGCGAGUGUGUUUAGGUGUUUUGGCACUAUGUGGUGUUGUACUGACCCACACAUAUCAUCUUGGAGCCUGUCCUGUUGUUGAACCGAUGCCAGGUUUCGAUAUGAAUCAGAUGCUCGGAGUAUGGUAUGUAAUACAGAAGACGUCUACCGCCUCUCACUGCAUCACUUAUAACUUCACAAGAACAGAUGAACCUGGCACAUACCAGCUGGAACAGGUAUCACAGCACUUCAUAUUGGGGCUGACACCACUCAAACAUGACUACAGAUAUACAGGAAUUUUGACAGUAGAAGAUCCAUCAGUGCCUGCUCGCAUGAGAGUCCGGUUUCCACUUAGUGUUGCUGGUUCAGCUAGUUACACUGUCUUAGCCACAGAUUAUACCAAAUACGCGGCUAUCUUUACUUGCCAGAAGAUGUCAUUCGCUCAUCGGCAAUCAGCUACCAUUCUCUCCAGGAGUAAGGAACUGGAUAAGAUGUUUGUUGACAAGAUGCGCACCAAAUUAGCAUCAUUUAGUGUCGAUCCAUACGAUUUAUCAAUCAUCUCUCAGAAUGAAUGUCCCAAACACCCGAACGGUACCAGUGAAGGUGUGAACAUCAACAUUGAUCCUAACACAUUCUCAUCACAUAACAUAGGAGAGGCUGUGAGGAAAACUGGAGGUGUCAUUGCUGAUGGAGUAGAAUACGUCGUGGAUGCUGGCAAGAAAGUAUAUCACAAAGUAGCAAGCAGCAAAGAAGAUCUUACUGAAACACCUCACCAGGGUCGUAACAUGAACGAUGAUGCUGAAUGGUUACCAUAGAAUACUAUUUAUGCUUCAAUAAGUCCUAAUGUGAUAAAGUUGUCUUAGGUAUUGUUAGAACAUUAAUUUUUCUGGCCUUGGUAACAUGAACUCGUCCAGAUAUAUCAAGAAGUAAAUGCUAAAUUUGAAGAUGAAUUGUAUCGAAACAAAUGUAGAAUGUUUAAAUACUUUUGAUAGCAUGAAAGUCAGUGUUGCUCAAUGAGAAUGUAUAAUCCUUUGCAAAGAGUCAAGUCUAUGUUUGUCUGCAAGGAGUCUUACAAAAAGAGGUUUUUUAAACGUCUAUGAAAGGUUGUUGUUUGUGGCAUAGUUAAGAUAUCAACAAAUUAUGGAAACCACUGCAACAUGGCAAGAGCAUUUUAAAAGAAUCUUAAUAAACUACAUAUUCGGUGUAAAAUAGUUCCUUUGUAACAAGUAAUACUCAGUAUUUUGUAUUAUUGUGUGUGUUUAAACCUAAUAAAUGCAUUUUAAUUUCAAAUUGA